AUGGCCCUGCCGAAGCGCAUUAUUAAGGAAACGGAGCGCCUGAUGGCGGAACCAGUCCCGGGCAUUAAUGCCGUUCCCCACGAGGAUAACCUCCGUUAUUUCGAUGUUUCCAUCCACGGCCCGGCCCAGUCUCCGUACGAGGGUGGAAUCUUCCGUCUCGAACUUUUCCUUCCCGAUGAUUACCCCAUGACUCCUCCCAAGAUUCGCUUCCUCACCAAGAUCUACCAUCCAAACAUUGAUCGUCUCGGCCGUAUCUGCUUGGAUGUCUUGAAGAGUACUGACGGUCCGCGAAAAGACAACUGGUCCCCCGCUCUUCAGAUACGCACGAUCCUGCUCUCGAUUCAGGCCCUCCUCGGUGCUCCGAACCCCGACGACCCUCUCGCCAAUGAUGUUGCUCAGCGUUGGAAAGAUGACGAGCCCGCUGCCAUUCAGACUGCGAAGGAAUGGACUCGCACUCAUGCCAUGGCUUGA